ACAGAGCUUGUUGCUUGCUAAUUUAACGUAGCUACAUGGCUAGCUGUUUCAGUAGCUACCGCUACUGAAUGUGUCGUGUUCCUGCCUCCAGCAUGGAUGCGUUUAACAAAAGCGCGUUGGAUUUCUCUCUGGAUGACGAUAGCAAAAGCACCGCCAGCAAGAUUCUCCUGUCCCUGACACUGUCCCUGUUGGCGGUGAUCACCACUACCAUGAACUCCAUGGUCAUCACGGCUAUCAUCGUCACACGCAAACUGCACCAUCCUGCUAAUUACCUCAUCUGCUCGCUGGCCUUCACCGACCUGCUGGUGGCCAUCCUGGUGAUGCCUUUCAGCAUCGUCUACAUCAUCAAGGAGGCCUGGGUUAUGGGCCAGGUGGUGUGCAACAUGUGGCUGAGCGUAGACAUCACCUGUUGCACUUGCUCUAUCCUCCACCUGGCCGCCAUCGCCCUGGACCGUUACCGGGCCAUCACCGACGCGGUGGAGUACGCCCGCAAGCGGACGUCCCGUCGCGCAGCCAUCAUGAUCGUAGCCGUUUGGGUCAUCUCAAUCUUCAUCUCCCUUCCCCCGCUGCUGUGGAGGCACCACCAAGCAAGUGAUGACGAGGGGUGUCUCAUCAAGCACGACCACAUUGCCUUCACCAUAUACUCCACCUUUGGGGCCUUCUACAUUCCCCUUGCACUCAUCCUCAUCCUCUACUACAAGAUCUACCGGGCUGCCAAGAGUCUCUAUGUCAAGCGAGGUGCCAGCCAGCUCAGCAAGCAAACUAUGAAUGGCACCAUGCUGCCCCUGUGCUCCGACAGGGACCCCCAGAGCCCAGAUACUCUCAGCCCGCCGGAGAAAUCAUUUUCUGACCUUUCCACGGAAGGGGAUCGCGUGCGCAUUACAAAUAAGAGCCCUCAGGAGGGGUCUCGCCGAGAGCGGUCCAGCAGGAAGCAACGCAUCUCCGGCAACAGGGAGAAGAAAGCAGCCACCACGCUGGGCCUCAUCCUGGGGGCUUUCGUCAUCUGCUGGCUGCCCUUCUUUCUGAAGGAGGUGAUCGUCAACACCUGCGCCACCUGCGGGACAUCUGCGGCUGUGGCGGACUUCCUCACCUGGUUGGGGUAUCUCAACUCCCUCAUCAACCCGCUCAUAUACACCAUCUUCAACGAGGACUUCAAGAAGGCCUUCAAAAAACUGAUCAAAUGUGGACAUUAUAUGUGAUGGAAUGUGAGAACUGAAGAGAGACAAUAAUGUUUUUGAUCCCACAAGGAACUGCCCUAAUGAACCAGCAACUGAAUCAAAAUUCAUAUUAUAUUUGACACAGUUAAAAAGUUCAUGUGCUCAACAUGCACUUUGAACCAAGGCUGGAAUAUCAACUUAUCAAAAUGUGUUGUCAUGUCCUCUGCACUGAUGCGGAAACACAACUUAUUUAAUAAAAAAAUUAAAAUAAAAAAUAAUAAUAGUA